AUGGCCGAUCAACAGGUGUUCCGAUUUCUCGAUCUACCAACAGAACUGCGCUUGAUGGUCUACAAUUUUCUCCCGGUCAAGACGACACACCAAGUCGUUCGUACCAACGAUUUUGCUUUCUGGUUCAACAACUCUCAUUAUCACUCUACUCACUUACCUGAGCGUUUUCUCGAAGAGGGAGCACAUUUCCAGACUCCCUCCUCGAAAUGGCCUGUAUACUCCAUGACGAUAGUUUCCAAGAAGGUCCCCGGCCUAGCUAUCCUCGGUACCAGUCAAAAGAUCCAUCUAGAAGCUGGUGAAGUGCUACAUCCAAAGUUACGAGCCAUCAGCAAAUUGCCAGCACAGAUUAUCGUCAACAGUAUCUCUCUGGGCAGUUUCGCCAUGGUUGAUGUGGUGACUCGACUGUCAUACGCAAACACAACCUAUUGGACCAACAAAAGCCGUCUCCUAGACUGGCGCGUAGCAGCACCUGAGUUGCGCCCAGGAAACGAACCCAGAUCUCGACCCGUUCACGUAGCCAUACUGAAUUCGUUCCUCGACCGAGACACAGCCGACGCAUCGACAGACAACUUUAGAAUGCAGUGCCUGCGGAAUUGCUUCUAUUGGUCACUUAGACAUGAAUCAGCCAUACAUGCUGCGAGCUGCCCUACAGAUGGCUCCUUCCCGCACAUUGACCAGCAUUUACAUCUCCGUAUGGCUGGAUUGACUUCGCAGGAGGAAAAGGCUUACGACAUAUUUCGACCUCUGGACCGUGAAAGUUUUGGAAGAUGCUGUCGUUGCAGGUCUACCUCGCUCAUCGACGGCGGUGAGAUCAUUGGUGAAGUGGAAUGGGAGGACAAAUGGGCAGAACAUGAGAGCUGUCAAUAA